AUGACCGUCAGAGCUCCAGGACUACGUCCGUCGGACCAGGUGGCGCGCAUCCCUCUUGGCCCCAAAAGCUGUAAUCUCGACCCAUUCUGCAACAUUAUCUCUCUUGCGGACGAGCUCCCCACUCUGGCGUCCAAGACCCCGACCAAGCAAAGGCACCAGCCAACAAUAUACGGAGGCGGCGAGCUUGACAGUGAGGGGGACAAGGAGAAUGUUGCGCCCAGUCGAGACCCGCUAUCUCACGAUCCGGCCCCAACGUUCUUGCUGUGCCGACUCGCGGCCCUUCGCAUAUCCCGUCCUUCUGAGGCAGUUCCGGAUCUUCCCGGAGGCCAGCUACGUCCAGCAUCUCCUCUGCGGCGGUCUACCCUAUCAGCCACGCCUGCCCUCCUUCCUGCCACUCCUCCUCCUCGAGCGGCAAGGACGCGGCGGACAAUCAUCACUACCCGCUACUUCAUCAAGGACCAGCAGGCUGCUGAAGCGUAUUUUCUCGCCGCGAGGGAGGCCGCCCGGAUCGCCACGGCUCGGUAUGGCCACCCCGAAGACGUCCCAGCUCCCAUACUACCUCUCAUCUCGGAUCUGCAAUCACAUUUCGAAAGUUCAUAUACACCGUAUGACCUACCCCCGACGCCACCGCUCAAGGCCGGAUCAUCUCCAUAUCAGCGCGGCCAGCGGUCCCUCCAUCGCCUAUCGUUCGCGCCGGAGCAAGUGAAGAGAGACGCAAAGAGGCGGGUCAUGGGUCUGUGGGAGGAGCUGCUCAGGGCGAGGACAGGGGAGCCAAUCACGGGGCGGGACGAUCUGACCGAGGGUCUGAGGUGUGGUAACUGUAUGUACUGA